AUGAGUGUGACCAGCUCAGUCCUCGGAAGGUCGCUGUUUAGUACAGCCCCUGACACACUGAGGCUGCUAAACAAACAGUAAGCAACUGAAAAAUAAGCCUCAUUUAACACAGCUCUGUUUAUUUGUGCUUGUGUUUCCUUUCUCUUGUAGGUGUAUCCUGAGAUACUGGACUCCAUAUUUUCUGUCCAGAUGAGUGAAGCCAGCAGCCAGCUUGUAUCACUUUAUCUUUUCCCAUUUAGCAUCAGGAAGAGUUGUCUGGAAAAUAUCAAUGACAAGUGGAAAGGGCAAAUCUGCUUCUCUUCCAGGAACUAUUCCUUGUUUUAGAAUUUGGAUUUAUACCUUUUACGCUUUAAGGAUAAUGUGACGCCAUUGGAUCCACAUAGACAAUCAUGUGAAGUUUGAAUGGCAAGUCGCUUUUGGACAGGCUGAUUUCGGUUUUUUUACCUGUAGGGAUGGUUUACAUAUAGGGGGGGAAAGUGCAUUGAGCUGCUCCCGGGUUUGUGAAAAUCCAUUUUCCUCCUUUGCCAUUAUGAUCAUUUGCAACAUCAGUGCAAUAAAAGAUUGGAGCACAUUUCUCUCCCAGAUCCUCCCCAGUGUCAACAAGACUCUCAACUUGGUACAGCAAGUGGAAGCCACCACCAGCUCUGUGGUGAGUGUUCUGCAGGAUCCUGACCAAGGCAGCUAUUUGUCCAACAGCCAGUCCAUGAAUUCCAGUAACUUUACCACUGGCCUGGACCACCUUUUCCAAUACUCAUAUUCAGACAAUGACCAGCUUUACAAGGAGUACAAACCUCUUCCUCGGGAUGCAAUCCCUUUGCCCAAAGCUGUGCUCUACCUUCUUAUGGCAGCACUUGUGGUGGUGGCUGUGGCGUAUGCCAUUGUUGGGCAUCUCAUCAAGGAUCUUGUCCAUGAUUUGAUAGGUGAGUGUUGGAGGAACACGUUUUUAUAUACCGUGUGUAGCAUUGGUGACAAUGUCCAUUUUCAAAUGGAAUGCUGGAAUUGGUUUCUACUCUCUCCCCUCCCCCACCACCACAUAUCAGUAAUUCCAGUGUUGAUGGGCAGAAUAAUCCUAACUGGGUUCUAGAGAGUGGCAGAGCUCACACCACUACCGCCAGUGAUGCUCCUCUCUGCUGGUGGAGGAUAAGUUCAUAUAUGUCAUCCCACUAAUAUCAGGAAGUUAGAAUUGCAGCCUAACAAUACCUGUCUACUCAUAAAGAAGCUCCAUUGGAUUCAGUUAGACUUACUCCCAAAUAAGUGUGUGUAGAAUUAUAACCUAAGCAUUCAUUUGAGUUGUUUGUUGUUGUUUUACGUUGUGCCAUUGACGUACAUAGUAUUUAACAAAGUGACUUAAAAAUAUGGGCAGGUCCCUGCCCUGAUGUGCUAACAACCUUAAAACACUUAUAACGUACAGUUUCGAAAUUACUCUUUUCUUUUCUUAAUUAAAUGUGUGCUGGCACCAUGAGAGAUGCUCAAAGGUACUUUAGGUGUUACAUGAGAAAACACCAGAAAAGACUCUAAUUCAGAACAGGGUGGUGUUGAUUCAAGUUUUUUAUUCUGCUCUGUUUGGAUUUGGAUCUAAUAUGUACUGCCUUGUUAAAUAAAACUAUUACAGCAAAGUAAUGUGGCUAAGUAAUAAUGAUCCAUAAUGUUAGAAACAAUUAAUGCUCCCUUUAUUCAAAGGUAGAUCAUUUAAAACUUUGCAUUGUUUUUAUAUCUCACCAUGUACUCCCAUGUAGCAUGCUCCGUUCAUCCCAGAAUGGUUUCCAUUAUUAUUUUUUCCUGCUUUUGCUACAGAAUUUUUAUCCCUGGCUUGCCAUCUAGCUGAAAGAGCCUUAACCUUUUUAAUGGUGCAGCAGACAGGUCUGGAUUAUGCAAAUGAAGACCAGGUACUAUAGUAAUGUUCAAACUUUGAACUGCCACAUUUGGAGCAUUUGUAGAAUCAAAGUGAAUCCUUCAUAAUUUGUGACUGAGCUGACAUACAACUUCUGGUCAACACAGAAUUCCAAAGCCUAAUCAGGUUUCACCAUCAGAAUAAUAUUUUAGACAGCAAAUCCUCUGGAGCAGGGACCUUGUUUCUUUGAUCCAUUGUAAAAUAUAGGACUACAAUCUUUAACUGGGUUUCUUGCUUUCCUAGAUGCUGAUUAAUUGACUUAUGGGGUAAUAUAAUGCAUGGUAGCUAUUCAUAUAGCCACUCAUAUCAGUAAGAGUGUGUGUGUGCGCGCUUGUUUGUUUACAAUUAAUAUUCCAGAAAGGAGUAUUAACAUGAAACAUUACUGCCAUAUGUGCUGGAGUUAGGGGAAUCAAAAUAUCAAGAUUCUGUUUUCAAAGGAUGCAAAACAUCUACUGUGCAGUGUAGUCCUAAGCAUGCUUACUUAGAAAUACGUCCCCCUCUUUUUAGUGGGAUUUACUCCCAGGGAAGUGUGUAUAGGAUUGCAGUAUUUAUAAUACGUUUUAAAAGAGCUUUCAAUAAUCUUGCUCAGUCCUGUCACAUUUAAACUACAUUAGUUCCUCAGUUGUCUUAUUCUGAACAUUUUAAGCCUUGACUAAUUAACAUCUACAGUAUGUAUGGAUUGUUGGACAGAUAUAAAUCUGCUAAAUCAGUAAAGAGGAAGAAAUGAGCAGGAUGAAUCAAGUAAUUUCCAUUGAGUUCAGCAGUGCCUACUUCCAAGUAAGUAUAGAUAAGUUGUAGGUCAAAUUGUAUAAAGCGUGUUGCAGUCAUGUCUCAUUUUAUUAUGAAGGAUUAACAUGUACAUAUAUGUGUACGCAUUUUUUUUUAAAAAAACACACAUUGUUUUCAGAAUCAGAUGGGCAUAAUAUUCACUGUGCAAACAAAGAUGGACAUCUGCAAGGCUUGUAGUGUAAGACUCUAAUUCUGCAAAAACACAAGCAUGCACUAGACUGGGAGCAAUGCAAGGGGAUCUUACCUGACAGGAUUCCAAGGGGACCUGCUGACAUUGUGUGACCUUGAUCAGGUGCCAAGAUCUCUAUGCACUUUCCUUAUUAAUUAAAUGGGAAUUCAGAUUAUUUCCAAAUAAGCUAUGCUAUGUUGAUGGUGAUUAUCAUAAUUAUUGAUGUAACUCUGGCAAAAGGCUUCAGAACAUGCUUAAUUUUAAUGACAUUCAUCCGUAUUAUUAGGUGUAAUCCACAACAGGAAAAAUCAAAGUGUGUGUGUGUGUGUGUGUAUGAGAGAGAGGGAGAGGGAGAGAGUGCUCUUGCUUCAUGCCAUUUUUCUAGGUCUUACCAGGUACUCCCUCAUUGCUGGGAGAUGGCAACUGUUCUCCAAAUCUGAUUCAUUUCACUGGGCUCACAGAAACACCUUCAUCUUGUCAGAAAUAAUAGCUCUGCUAAAGAGUGAGUUUUGGAACUCACAAUCUUUUAUUUAUGAUCAGAACAAAAAUUUGUACCUGCUUUCACCUCAUGCAAAUAGAAAAUGGAAAUGAGUUUCAGGGGCACCUCAAGUCUGCUAAAGUGAAGCACACGCUCCGGCUUACAUCUCCUUAGCAGGCAGCACAUGCAUUACUCGUAUUUAUAUGCUCCAAAUUACUGAAUUCUCCAAGGAGGGAGAGGGAGAUGAUGUUUGUUAACAUUGUCAGGUGAGUCAUCAUUUUCCCUUCCUCCCAAGAGGGAUCUUCAUUUGAAUGAGUUUGCAUAAAAUGACUUCUGGGAUCAGACAGAAGGUGAAAGGGAAGUGGGAAGCAACUCUCAGUUCAAUCUGAAUUCUUUUCACACAGUUGCCAUAGUUAGGUCGUUUUCAGUCAUGCAGCCUUUCCCUAGAAUUAAUUCCCAUUUAAUCAGUGUACUGAUUAUGAGAUGGAAGGUAGAGGACCUACAAGUGCCAGCCCAAACACCCCGCCCCCGCCUUUUAGCCAAUUGAUACCUACCGUAUAUGAGCAUAUGAAGAAGCUGCCUUAUCAGAGUCAGACUAUUCACCCAUCUAACCCAGCGGUGGGGAUCCUGUGGCCAUUCAGAUACUGUUGAAUCCCACCACUGUCCAUGCUUCCUGAGGCUAAUGGGAGUUGGAAUCCAACACCAUCCGAAUGGCUGCAGAUUCCCCAACUCUGAGCAAAUGCAACAUUGUCUGUUGUGACUGGCAGGAGUUCUCGACAGUAUCAGGCUGGGGUCUUUUCCAAGUGUAUUACCUGAAAUCCUUUUAAGUGGAUAUGCUAAGGAUUGAACCUGAGACCUUCUGCAUCACAAAGGCCCUCUUAGAAUUUGAGCUUUGCACCUAAUGCUGUUUCUGUAUUGUGUUGCUAAAGCAUGCACCAAUAUCUAGAAGGCUACAACGUGUCUGGGUUUUUGUUUUGUUUUGGAUUAAGGCAUAAAUAAAUACAUUGUGAGUUUAUAGACUUUGCUAAAUAAGUGUAUUUCAGUCAGAUGGCAGGUAAUAUACCUGUAUGCACAGGUUCUUAGAUAAUGUUAAAACAUACUGCUUUGCUCUUUACAGUGAACAUCUCUCAACAAAUGAGGUGAACCAGCUUCUUUCCAUUUUCAAGGUUACUCAAUUUAUUCAGAUUGAAAAUUCAAAGGGAGUCCAAGUGACAUCGUAGCCUUGAGAAAAGUCACUUUUGAGGGGAUAUAAAACCUUUUAUAAUGUGUCUCUGACUUAUGGAAAGGGAUGAAGGUUGAAAAAGUUGUAUUUUUUUUAUUUUGCCAACAGGGAGUGAGCAGAGUGAGAUUGGAUUCAUUUUAAAAAAUGAAUGCCGAAUAGGCCCUGUGAGGUGGGCAAAUAAAAGGACACCUCUCAUUAAAAAGCAUCAGGACAUUUUGCUCAGCUCAUUUCAAAAACACACCAGAAGGUGCCUAGAGUUGCCAGCAAACUCUGAAGCCCAACUGUUUGCUAGAUUUGAGGAACCUGUACCUCACAGAUUAAUUCUGGCUAAAGCUCUAGAGCAGGCAUAGGCGAACUCCGGCCCUCCAGAUGUUUGGGACUACAAUUCCCAUCAUCCCUGACCACUGGUCCUGUUAGCUGGAGAUGAUGGGAAUUGUAGUCCCAAACAUCUGGAGGUCCAGAGUUUGCCUAUGCCUGCUCUAGAGCAGAGUGGAGGGCAUUGUGGCCCUCCAGGUGUUAUUGGGCUCCAUCACCCAUCAGUGUGACCAAUAGCCAGGGAAUUGGAAUUCAACAUCUGGAGAGCCACAGAUUCCCCAUCUCUGCUCUAGGGAUUGUUUGUUGUAAAAUGGAUCUGGACUAGGGCUCUGAAUAGCUUUGGCUUCUAGGCACUGGCAUGAGGCAAUUACAUUAUCAUUACCAUCCUAUUUGUGCCUACUAAUCCAUCAAUCCCUUUGUGUAUAAUGGGGCCUGCUUCCUAGUUGUGUAUUUACUGUAUUUAGUAUUGCAGCCUAUAUGUUACUCUCCAGUAACAUUGAUAAGGAGUCAUGUGGUGGGGUGACUUCCCAUACCAUUAUUGCCUGCCUCUGUCACCCAUCCUUGUCUGGAGGAAGGCAGGAUGGAACAUACACAUACAAACUCUGAACAGCCAUCAAGGAUGGUCCAUUAGAGAUCAUGGUACAAUGUUCUAGGUAUGAACCACAUGAAGUAUGGUUGCUCUGACUAAAUCUGACCUCCCAGAAUGUUCACAAACUUCUUGAAGCAAGCAUAAUUGGUGAAAUGCAGUGCUGGCAGGAGCAGUGAUCUAUGCAAGAACACUCAGAGGCUGCUAACCUGAACAACCCUACCCUACACCCAGGUAGACAAUUCACAGAUGGUCUGAACUGUUGAUAUGUUGACAGUCUGUUGCUCUAAGCCCUUCUUUCAGAAGCUUGUUUGGAUUAUCCAUAAAUUCCGUGGGGGAAAUAUGAAAGCGAUUUGCCUUAUUUUUGAAUGAACCUUGAUUGAAAAUAUUCAAAAUAUUUAUGUUAUGCUGAAGAAAUUCAGGCAAUGUUGUUCCCGUACUUUGAGAAAUCCUAAAGUGGUAGGGAGUUCAUCACAGCAUGGUUUCCUACCUUCCACAGAUGACAGAGCUUUCAGAAUGCAUUUGCACCUGCAGACUGAAAACAAAAGUUUGUCUUGCAACAGUGAAUUUGGAUAACAAUACAGCUGAUCUAGGGAAUAUGACUGCAUACAAAAGAGAAAGCAGAACCAUAAGCAGGAAAUUCUGUCCAGCUGAAUGAAGCACAAAGAAUUUGUAAAGCAAAGCAGGAGAACCAUUACUGAAAAAACUAAUUUAACCUGUAGACACUGCCCCUGUCUUCUUCAUCCAACAGCCAGUAUAGACAUGGCAUUUGGUUUAUAUCCAGCUACAAAUGCUCAAAAACUUGGCCAUGUUUCGUAAGAAAUGUAUAACUAAACGAACAACCCCUCCUAAUAGCAAUAAUAAAUCCAGUUUCUCAUUGGCCUCCUUGCUGGAUUGUUCUUUUUCUGCCUUAUCUCCAAACACCAUGUUUUAGGCUUCUCUUUUGCAUAAGAAACAUUUUCUUUAAGUGAGUGAAAUUAGGACUGUAUUUAGAACUUCUGAAAGCAACUGAUAACUGAUUUAAAUGGGGUAUGAAUGAAUUUUCAGUCAUUCUAAUCUGGAUUUAUGAAAGAGGAAGAAUGCUAUAGCACAUCUCUAGCCACUUUUAUUUAUUUGUUUGUUUUAGUUAUUACAUUUAUAUACCGCUUUUAUCUUCCAAGCUGGUGUACAUGGUUCUCCUCCUCCCUAUUUCAUCUUCACAACAAGCCUGUGAGGUAGGUUAGACUAAAAUAUGGUGACUGGCCCAAGGUCACCCAGUGAACUUCGUGGCUUAGCGAAGUUUCGAACCCUGCUCUCCCAAACAUUCUAACCAUGUAUGGUUUUAUUUUACACUGCCAUUGAUACUGCAAUUUCCCUUAAAAUAUCAACAACAGAGUGGGAGUGCAAUUCAACACUGUGGACCAUUCUUGAAGUGAACCAUGAGCCAAGGAGGUAACAGAGCCAUUUUGUUUCUCCAUUUAGCAUAUCUGAAUAUUAUUUAUAUGUGUGUAAUAGAUACAACUGAUGCUUUUGAAUUAUGGUGCUGGAGGAGACUCUUGAGAGUCCCAUGGACUGCAAGAAGAUCAAGCCUCUCCAUUCUUAAGGAAAUCAGCCCUGAGUGCUCACUGGAAGGACAGAUCGUGAAGCUGAGGCUCCAAUACUUUGGCCACCUCAUGAGAAGACUCCCUGGAAAAGACCCUGAUGUUGGGAAAGAUGGAGGGCACAAGGAGAAGGGGACAACGGAGGACGAGAUGGCUGGAUAGUGUUCGCGAAGCUACCAGCAUGAGUUUGACCAAACUGCGGGAGGCAGUGGAAGACAGAAGUGCCUGGCGUGCUCUGGUCCAUGGGGUCACGAAGAGUCGGACACGACUAAAUGACUAAACAACAACAAUAGAUACAACUAGCGGCAAUGCUGGAAUUUUUUUGCAAUGUCAAUUUAUACAUAUUUCCAGUGUGAGACUAGAAGUGGCUGGAUAGUUUUGUGAAUGGCUGCCAAUUAAGCUGGGCCUCCAUUAACCCCCGAUAAUGUUAAGCAAUUAAGCAAUGAAAAUGGAUGCUCUCCAAAAGUAUACACUAAUUGAGGGACAAAUGCUUUGCGCAGACAGGCGGAGUCCCCAGAUCCCGAGCGGUCCCCCCGUAAUGUGUAAUAACGACUCAAGACAAUGUGCUAUGGGAUUAAAUUGGCCACAACUUUAUUAAAUUUCAAAUGUGGGUAGACCUUGGCUCAGGCAUUGGGCGUUCUCCCUCCCCAGUCCCCAGCCGGGGACCUAGGGAGCUUCAGGGUUAUCCAGUGUGGGGGGGGGAUGGGCCGGCUCUGGAGAACAUAUGUUCAAGCAGAGAUAGCCGCCCCCGUUACGCCGCCGCUGCAGGGGAGAGCAAUGACGACCUUUCGGCAUACGGUCAAAGCCUCCCUUCAGAAACCCCUUUAAUGGGGAACCCUGGUAUCGCCGCCGCAAAGAAGAAGAUGGACUAAAGGAUUCCGCCCAAGGCCUGAUACUGCCAAAGUUGUGACGUUUUGCUACGGGAAAGGCGAAACCUGCCAAUGCAGGGAAAUUCCUUUCCGGCCCUUUAACAGCGACCUUAUCGUAGCAGCGCCCGCAUACCUGUGAAGAAAAGUUAACCUGCAAAACCUAUGAAGAAAAGUUAACCUGCAAAGGAAGACAUUAACUGAGGGUGGGUAGGGUGGGAGAAGCUCUGGAGCCAAGUGAGGAUUCCCAGGUAAGAUCCUCCCUCUAUUGUGUGGGCAGGUAAUCCCUCCCCUACCUGGCCUGGUCUCCUUGGCAACGCUUCCCAGGUGGGAUUGGACAACUGACUGAGGUAGGCGGGGACCUCCAGGUAUCCCACCUGAGGGAAGGCAAAGCCAAGCCUAUGCUGAUGGGGCCGCUCCAGAUCCAGGGCUGCGCGCGUCCACGCAAAGGGCGCCCCCCGUUUUAAGCGGGGAGUGGUCAUUCCUGAGAAAAUUCCCCUACAUUUCAAAGAACUUGGAUGACUUCUCUUUGAUCAGAUGAGCUUCCUUUUCUUAACCAGUUUGAUUAUCACCCUGGGCCAUUCUUUUCUCACACCCUUUCCUGUGUGGAUUUGAGAAGAACCUUGGUAAAGCACACGUCAUUGAGAAGCCCUGCUCAGUGAGCUUACCUGGUGACAGCAGUGGGAGCAAAUAGUCCAAUGACACCACCAUUUAAAUUUUCUACAGUGAUCCAGAGUGACACUAUAUCAGUGGCACUAUGGAAAUUGCAAAUGGUGCCUCCCCUAGGACCUGGGAGACCAAGAUUCAAAUCCCCACUCAAUCCUAAAGCUCAUUGGGUGACCUUGAGCCAGUCACAGUCUCAUCUAUUGUGGGGAUAAGAUGUGGAGUUGGAGAACCAUGUACACAAUAUUGAACUCCUUGGAGGAAAGAUGGAAUACAAAUUUAAUAAAUAUAAAUUAAUAAUUGCUACUAAUAAAUCAGUGUAUCUAUUGAAUAACUGACCAAACAUGUCACAUUGGCUUAGAUCAUCCCUGCAUGACAAGCUGGAAAAGCAACUCUGCUUCUGCACAGCUGCGGGUUGUAUCCAAUGCUAGUCCUACUCAGAGUAGAUCCAUUGAAAUUAAUGGCCAAGACUAACUUGGUUUUUUAAAAAAAUAAUAAUUCAGCAGAUCAGAAUAAAACUCUGUGAAAUGUACAGGAAGCCUGUCCUCCUCCUUGCCUCUCACAUUGGACUCACUCAUUAGAACAGGGGUCAGCUACCUUUUUCAGCCGUGGGCCGGGCCACCGUCCCUCAGACCAUGUGGUGGGCUGGACUAUAUUUUGAAAGGGAAAAAAUUAACGAAUUCCUAUGGCCCACAAAUAACCCAGAGAUGCAUUUUAAAUAAAAGGACACAUUCUACUCAUGUAAAAACACACUGAUUCCCAGACCAUCCGUGGGCCGGAUUGAGAAGGCGAUUGGGCCACAUCCGGCUCAUGGGCCUUAGGUUGCCGACCCCUGCAUUAGAACAAGGAAAAGUCCCAAAUCUGAACUUUCCAGGAUUUUCAGUAGAGUUGAAGCCUUGAAGUUAGGUGAAGUCACAUUCUUCAGAUUCAAUAUUCAAAGUUAAUGCCUGUCCCCACCUCUUUCAAAGUUCCAGCAAGGCCACUUUUUGUAGAGUAAAAAUCCUGACACCCACAAAGUUGUUGAGCUUUCUUCCCCCUGGCAUUUUGCAGAUUCGGCAAAAUUCCCCCCAAUGCCAUUUUUACACCUGGAAACCAGGACACGUCAGGAAAUUUUCCUGGCAAGCCUGGUUGUGACAGUACCUGCAAAAAGAUGUGGAUUAUUUCCUUACCUGCCACUUUGAUAAAGUCAUUUGUUAAACAAUUACAGGACUCCUGGCCUUGCUCCUCAGGAGGACAUUUCCCGCAUGAGCUGUCACAGCUGAUUUUUAAAAUGUGCUCUUCAAGAGCAUAAGGGGCAGCUGCCAUCAGUUUUGAGUCAUCCAAGAAAGGACUCAUAAAAGGGAAAAGGAAUGCAAGCUGGGGGGUUUUAUUGGGUUGUUAGUAUUUUGAUUUUAUGUAUGUGAUCCUUUAUGUGAACCACGCUGAGACCUUCGGGUAUAGGGCGGUAUAGAAACUAACUAACUAAAUAAUAAUAAUUGUUACCUUUUUAUGGCUUGCUUUGGCCUUCGCUCAGUCAGUAAUAUGAUCUGUACCUUAGUUUUUUCCAAAUGUAUAUCCCAGACUUAAUUUGAGGCAAAGCUCACCAGGUGAAAAAAGUGGAGGUUUUCUCCUGAUGUUAGAGCUCAGCUCACUUAAAGUGUCAGUUUGAGCAUCUGAAGACUGUUUUCCCUCUUGCCCUUGAGGAACCACUAUCAGCACCUACAUACAUGGGAUCAAGGCCUGGGUAUAACUCUGAGACAGGCUUCAGCCAUGACCUCUCGUAUUUGUGAAUUUAUUAAGCUUUAAGCACACAGAAAGGUUUGCAGAAGAAGCAUCAAGGCAUUUAGAGGCAGCAUUGGCAGUUUCAGCAGAGGGUGUAUUGAUCCUAAAAAUCAGGUAGUAUGGCAUGUACUGGUGGGUGUGUGUGUGUGUGUGUGUGUGUGUGUGUGUGUGUGUGUGUCAGUCGGUCAGUCAGUCAGUCAGCACAGCAGCCUCCUUGGACACAUGGUGUGGGUGUGUAGCUGUGUGGACAGUCAUGAAGUGGCACUCCCAAGUGUGCAACUACAAAAGCUCAUUGCUCAGCAUGCUCCCUCCCAAGGCCACUGGACAGCUGCUUCUGGGAACCUCAAAAAUAGGGUAUGAUUCCCUCUUCUUCAUUUUGUUACAGAUGCUGACCAUUGGGGCUGAUAGACCAACUAUGCAUAUUUUCUUUCUUAAAAAAGCAAUCGAAGCUUGUGGCAAUUAAUUUCACAGGUUGAUUGUGCAUUAAAUGAAGAAGAAUGUUAUUUUCUCUCUUUAGAACCAGUUUCACUGGAUGACUCCUAAUGUUUUGAAAGUGGAUAAUUUUAUCUGCUCAACCUUACCAUGCUUAUUUAUUUUGAACUUCCCUGCUGUUUUUAUCCUCCUGGGGCCUUCAUCUAUCAUGACUGUAGGUUUGUUCACUCAUUACAACUAAACAGAGGCACAAACACUAUACCUGUAGAGGUGUUUAUGUGAAAGAAUUGACAGCUUGUUGAUUUGUAUAGCUCAGCUGUUGUGAACACAGACCAUGUUGCAUGUGAAUGUUGCAUGUGAAUAACUGCAUGAGUAAUCAGCUCUACUAUUGUGUACACAAGUACAGAUUUUACACUGCUUGAAUGUACGGUAAUCUGUGAACACCCUGUGAACACCUCAAGAGGCCACAAAAUACCAGCUGGUGGGGAGCAAUAGAGGGAGAAGUCUAUGAUGGUGAGCUGGAUCUCAAUUGUGGAUUUGGUUGCUUGCUGCAGAAAGCAGGCUGCUUGACUAAAUGGACCCUUUGAGUUCACCCAGCUGAUCUUAUAACAUUCUUAAUUGCAUAGGAGGGUUAUACAAUUUUCUUUUUACAGAUGCAGUGGUUUUUGACUCCUUUAUACUGGAACAGGCAAAAUUGCAGCAUGGAUAAAACCCAUAGGAUUCAUAACUGUUGAAUCCUGCUUCUGCUGGCUGUUGUCAACUAUUGCUCGGUUAAAAUAUUAUUGGUUUGUAACAAAGGCAAAGCACGGCAUAAACUCAAAAGCAAUAGGCACCAAAGGUUACCAUAGCAGGAGAGGGCAGUUAACACUUAUUACUAUUACAGCAUCUAAGGUCACUUUCAGACCUCUGCAUUUCUGCACCUAUCUCUUCAAUGUUUGGAUAGAUGCCAGUAUAUGGCCAUUGCACAAUAAAAGUGCACCUUCAUUAGUCACUGCACAGAAAGUGGGUACAUUGUGAAAAAUAGCAACAGCGCAACAAAUUGGCUUUCAAAAAAAAUCAAGACUUGGGAGGGGGAAAGAAAAGUUAUGUGAAGCUGCAGCAGCAUAUGCACGAUAACAACCACUUGACAGUGGUGUUGUAUAACCUCUGCACUAAAUUUGUAGAAAUAGACGAGGACAGUUGCCUGAUAUAUGCUUUGUCUGGAAACCUAAGCUUCCCCAAAGGAAGAGCUUUCUCUGAUCUCCCUAACAAAGACCUCAGCCCUGUGCCUGGAUAUAAGGCCUUGGAUGCUAACAAGUCUUAAGGGUACCUUUGCUCUCCUUGCUCAUAGAGAAAAAUCCUAACAGCAUCUCCUUAAGUAUAAGCUAGCAACAUCCUAAUUACCUCUCCCUGUGGAUGACAUAUUAAAUCUAGAAGGUCCCAAAAUAAUCCCCACAGAAACCAUCUUGCAGAUUAGCCUGUGAAGAAAUAAGCCAUCCUGUUAUUUACUUUGGAAUUAGAAGAGGCUUCCGUUAUAUAAUUUCCCCCUGGUCUGCUGUAGUGCACUGUUUAUACCGAAAUCAGACUGAAUUUCAGUUUGCAAGGUGUGCCCACAGUCUGCAAGGCUUACAAGGCAAUUGCCGGAGCUUCUGUGCUAGCUCUUUUUUGCAAGCAAAAUUGAAAUCUCUUGAUCCAAAGUGCUAUGGAAACAUUUGGGAAUGCAGAGGAAUAUGCUUCUGUCCUUGGCAACCACAGUAAUAGCAAUUCACAUCCUUCUGUGGUCGACCAUUCGCUGUCUUCCUGCAGAUGUUGUGCAAAUUCAAAUCCAAUGAAAUCAGACAUGGUGUUGUUGUGAUCUCCAAUCCACUAUAUGUUUCUAGCAUGGAAACUGGCAAGACCCCAGGGGUGUUCACAUGGCUUCAGAUACAAAUUUUAAAUCUGAAUUUCAAGACUUCAACCAGUUUUGAACAUGUGGCAUUUUAUUUGUUGAGACAAGUGACUGGGAAAUUGUCUUAUUCUCUGUAGGGACUUUUUGGCUUCUGAUCCAGCAACACUGAGUUGUGGUCCUGCUACAUUGUCAGCAACCCUCUAAUGGGGUUUACCUAGGGCUGGCUUCAACCUAUUCUGCAACCUCGUUCUCCACACAGGCCUAAUGCAAUUCCUCCAGGAACAAUGUGCAAAAUGUUGUUAUCAGCAUAUUUGAGCUCCUUGCUGUUGCAGGAGGCUUAGACAAUGAGUGUUGUAUUUUAGACAAGGUCAGUUCAAAAAUAUCACCCCCAUAAUUGCUCUCUAAAUUUGAUGAAAAAGAUAUUUCAAUGGCCAUCAUGGUCAGGCCAGCUUGGACUUCACCGUAAUGACUACGGCUAUCCAAAUAAAUAUGGCUGGGUCACCCUGCAGACAUUGCUUGAGCAAGAGACUAAAUUUACAUUUGUGGUCCUAUGCCUCUGUCUGUGUUAUCUUCGUGUUGCUUAGAAGAUACCAAGACUCUUUCUUACACUGGAGAUAGUCUGCCAUUACUUUCUUCACUCAUAAAACUCUCUUACCUUCUAAACCAUAGCCUGCUGUUUAGUUAAAGGUAAAGGUAAAGGGACGACUCUGGGGUUGCGGUGCUCAUCUCGCUUUACUGGCCGAGGGAGCCAGUGUACAGCUUCCGGGUCAUGUGGCCAGCAUGACUAAGUCACUUCUGGUGAACCAGAGCAGCACACGGAAACGCCGUUUACCUUCCCACUGGGAAGGUAAUUGCCUUAAUGCAGGCAUGGCCAAACUUGGCCCUCCACCUGUUUUGGGACUACAAUUCCCAUCAUCCCUGACCACUGGUCCUGUUAGCUAGGGAUGAUGGGAGUUGUAUUCCCAAAACAGCUGGAAUCUGUGAAACAUUUUAAUGUUUUGCAUUAAAAUGUACAUACACUGAACAUACAAAGAAUGUUCAGUUCUGUUGACUUGUCUUCAACAUGUGAAAAUCCUCCUCCAUUUAAAAUAAAAAGUAUACAUUGUAUGAUGUGCGUCUUAUGCCAGAGUAGCACAAGGGCUUUGCAAAUAGUCGCCGGGUGUCUAGGUCAAUUUUAUUCAACUGUAGGAAGGAAGAGCCUUACUGAAAAACUAGCACUGUGUUAUCUUCACCCCAUAAAGGUAGUUUGGGCAGCUGCACAGAAUUACGUGAUCUCCACUAACAUUCUGGUCCCUCUGAUUCUGGAAAAUCCUUAUGCAAGUUUCCAUAUUAAGAACUUUUGAAUUAAACCUAGUCCAAUGUCUUUAUUACACACCUAGGGGCCUAUCUUUGUGCCUUCUCAGGUCAUGAAUUAUCUCCCAUCACGGUAUAACCCACCUGCUCCCAAUGACAUUUGGCCACUGACGUCAAUGAACCUUAAUAGUAUCUGCAAUCUCAUUAUGAUAACACUCAUCCUCCCACAUCACUUCCUGUUCCUUUUGGAAGCAAGAAACAGGGAGAUAUAACAGGUCAGAACAGUCUAAAGCCAAGAGGUUCUACUGCAGACUGCUGCAGGGAAGGAGGCAUAGAUUAGCCAGUAAGAAAAUGUCUAACUGGCAGAGUAUUUUUGCUGGCAAUUUUAGUGGAUUUAAGAUUGCACCCAGAGCCAGAAAGUAUCUAGCCCUCAUGACUAGAAAAAGGUUUGAAAACAUGACAGGGGAGCACUAAAAAUGCUCAGUAUCAGUAAACAGAGCACAACUGCAUGGUUGUUUUGGGGUUUUUCCAGACACCCUACCUUGUUAGUUUUGUCCAAUCAGGGUUAGAAACAGUGGCAUACAUAUUAUUUAUUAAAUUUAUUUCCCAUCUUUCCUCUGAAAGGAGCCCAGGGUGCCACCAGCUUUAUGUACAAUAAACUGCAUUUGUACAGUGCAAUUCCAGUAUAUUUCCUGUGAUUUCCUGUCCCACCACCUGAGUUCACCAGGGCUUUCCCUUAGCCUUCAUGCUUAAGAUGCGGCCAAUGCUAAAAGAGUCUUACGGAAAAGUCAGGAAGAAGUGUCGAUAUCUUGUUUAAAAGAUUGACCAAAUGCCAUAGUGAUCUCUUUUUAAGUGCACUGGGUCCAACAGGCUCACAUGCCCAUUUCCUGGAGUUCUUCCAGACAUGUGAAGCUUUUAAUCCUGAGCAGUGAGCUGAACGAGGUCAGCUGAGAGCAGCCGCAGAUGGGAGUUACUUCAAUUGGCAUUAUAUUUCAGGGCUUAUUCAUUCUCAGGAUAACACUCUUCGACCCUAGAUUAAUUAAUCCCAAAGAACUAGCAGCAGCCACCCUUUCAAUCCCCCCCACACACACCUCAAUUCCAUCUAUACUAUAAUUACAAACACUGAUUAGAAUCACCACUCCGCUCAUUGGCCGGAAUUGAAACAGUGGGGGGAACCCACCCUUUCCCCACUUGGACUGUGCGUAAGAGAGGAUGUUUGGAGGAGUGAUAAAGAGUAACUAAUCCGUUUUAGCAGGCUAAUCCUAUGAGCUGCUACACUGACACAGUGGCUCAUAAGAUCAAUACGCCUGCACAGGGAUUCAGCCUCAACUUCACUGCUGAAGGAGCAACAGCCACGGCCGUUGCAAAGGAUGCAGGGCUGGCAACGGCAGUUGGGCCAUUUCACAGAUUUGGUGGGGCAGAGUAGGAAGAAGCAGGGUGGACAGCACUCAGGGAUGGCUGAGAACGGCAUCAUCCUAAAGACUUUUUGAGCCGAAACCUUGGCAUUAACAUGCAACAGGUGAUCGUCCUUCCCUGCAGCAGAAACUGUGGUCCUCCAGGUGUUGUUGAACUACAGCUCCCAGCACCCUGCAGCACUGGCCAUUCUGGCUGGGGCUGACGGGGUCUAGUUCCCCAUCCCUGCUGCAGCAGAUGCUCUCUUUGCAAGUCAAUAUUUGAAUACAAUCAGUGAUUGGGCCAUCAACUUAAAACUGCAUUUGUGACCUGGCAGCAGUUCUCCUGAACAUCAGGCAGAGAUCUUCCCUUGUCAUGCUGCUAAGGAUGCACAAAACAUUUUAUUUUAGAAUCAAUGGCAACUGGUUACUUUAAAUAAAUAAAAAAAAGCAUAGUCCAUACCCACUACCUAGAGUUACUUCAAUAUAUUUAUUUUUUUAAGCUUUUCUUGAGAAACUGGUUUCAUUCCAAAAGUAAAAGCUCAUUGCGCAGUGAUUCUCCAUUACUCUGGAGUGUGUCCAUUUGAAAACAGCUGAAAACAAAUGAAGGCGGACUCAGCAAUGGAGUGUAUAUCUCUAAGCCUGCCCAAUGACGUUGUGUAAGUCAUACUGCAAUCUCUACUUCCUUCUUCCUUCUCUUGGGGCAUGCAGGUAAGAAAUUGUAUGGAUAACCAAAUCAAGGGGAGGACAUUCAAACGUGUAUCGCAUAACCAGAAUUACUCUUGCUGACAGCAGGAUCUAGAAUCCAUCUAGAUUGAAAGCAGCAUGUUGAGGAUGAGCAUGAAUUAUUCCAGACUGAGGAAAAAUUACAUUUUUGUGCUACAAGCAAGUUACUGUGUGUACACCCUUACAUCUUAAAAAAAACCAACUAGAGGUGUCAAUGAUUGAACCCAUAUAACACACAGAGCAUUAUUUCACUGAACUAUGACCUCUACCCUAAGGCUGCCAUUUUCCCCACCCUUUCCUGGGAGUAAGCCAAACUAAGUGGAAUUUAUCUUUGAGUAAAUAUGCAGAGUCUCCACAACACUCCACUUCAAAGGGCAAGACUUUUGCUACAAUAAACCAAUUGUUUGGAAGGCAGAGCUAAACCAGACUCCCCAGAGGAUUUCAAUUGUUGAACUGAAAGGUCUUCUGAAAACAGAGGAAAAAAUACAAUUGCCAGUGUUCAUUGAUAGGACAGAGAGUGAAAAUAAUAAAAUCUUGUUUAGAAGGAAAGAGUCCUUUAUUCAGUUUGGGAGAUAUGAGUCGGACGCAGUGGGAAACAGAGGUGCCAACUUGAAUAAUAUAUUUGGGGGGCCCAGGUAAGCCCUGCCCCAUCAAUCACAAGACGUGGCUCACACACAUCAUGGCAAUGUCCAUCAACUUGGCGGGCAUGGCCCCCUCUAAUAUUUUAUUGGGGAGGAGCGAAGGGAGCUCAGCCCCUAGGAGUAGGCUCCUAUGGUGGGGAAUCAUGUUGCCAGUCUGUUUCUAACCACCACCACCCUCCACACAGACACCUUUUCUCUUAUUGUGGGCUGAGAUGUAGUGGGUAAAAAUUUUGUCAUAAUUUCAUCUCCAUGCUCGGCGGUGUGGGGGACUUUACCUGCUAAAUUUCUAUGUGAUAUCUGGUAAAAGCAUAGAAGCUUUUGCCAAAAUAAAUCUUGACAGCCCUACCUCUACCCAAUGCAUUAAUGGAAGUGAUAUCUAUUAAAUGAUCUAGUUAGAAAAUGUGUCUUUCUAAAACAGACAGGCUUCAUUGUUUGUAGCCGCAUGCUAAUAAUCUCAGCUCUACUUCAUUAGCUGAGAUUUUGCUUAUCAGCCACAGUCUUCUAUUUUCAUAACUGCUGAGGUGCCCUGACUCUGCUAUACUUAUACACAGACAAUUGGAACCAUACAGCUUUGUGAUUGUGUUUUAAUGAGCACUGAAUAUAAAACUGCCAUACCACCCCCUAUCUCUCUCUCUUUCUCCCUCUCUCUCUCUCUCUCUCUCUCUCUCCCUCUCUCCCUCCCUCCCUCUCUUGUACACAGGCUGUGCCCUGCAUGUAGCCUUGGUGUUCAUGCCAUGUAUAUACAUGCAUUUGCACUAGAUAAAACAUGUGUGAUAUUUAACUUCCGGGGAUUCUAGGGAGGGAGGCUGAAUGCAUAGCAUUUUACACUAACAACAUUUUAAUAAAGUAUCGCCAAAAUGGGGGGGGGGACAUCUGGCAGAGUGGUUUACCUGAGGGCUUUUCCUGCUGCUUUUCCUGGGCAAAACUGCUCUUUAGUGCUCAAUCAUAGCAAACAGCAAUUUGGGAUUUCCCCAGAUUGCCAUUUGUUCCAAUCUAUCGCUAAAGAGCAGGUUUUCCCUUGGAAAGGAGUGGGGCAAGGGGAAAACCACCCAGACCCAUGCGUUCUAGGCAUGGUGCAAGCGAAUGUAAGGACGAACCCUGAGACCCUUUUGAAAAAUAGAAACGGUCCCUGGUAUAUAGGGACCAUUAGAGCAUAUGAUUAAUGUUGCAUUCUUCUCCAUAUUCACUUCAGAAAUUAAGUAGGCACCUUCCUAGCGAAUACAGCCUCUGCAAGAAAGAUUUAGUGUGGGAGGAUGUGCGAGGAUGGUUGCAUAUAAGCAGGGCUGGAUUGAGACCUUUAGAGUCCCUAAACAGUUUUUUAAAAAUGGUGCCCCCAUAUAUAUCUAAUUCAAAAUAUAAACAAUAAUAAGCCAUAUAUCAUUAAUCUCUUGUCAUUACUAUUUCAUUAUUGCUAUGUUGUGUGUGUGUGUGUGUGUGUGGGUGUGGUGUGUGUGUGUGGGUGUGGGUGUGUGGGUGUAAUUUUUCCAUUUAUAGUGGGAGCCUUUUUUGUGGAACCUAGAUCAGCUGCACGAUAUGGUACAGUUUGCUAACAGGGUCUCCCAGAGUGAAGUGUCACUGAAUUACAUCUAGAGUGAAAUGCAAACUACAAAGAGAAAAGCAACUUUUUUUACAGAGAGAACUGUUUGGUUUGUGUGUGUGUGUUUUCAAUCAGAGUGCAUAGAUAUGGAAUCCUUAAUAUGCCUGCCUUUGUGGCUGAGAGACAUUCUGCAUCUUGUCACUUAGAAUCUAUUACCAAGUCUACAUUUCUGCCUCUCGGGAGCCUUUUCUAAAUUGGUGCCUUAUCUUCAAUGAGCAGACUGAAAUAUUCCUGCUUUUGGCAUUGGCACUUCAGGGCACUGGCUGGAGACCGUUUCCUUAUUGGGAACUGCCAUGCUCACUCCAGAGCUCUCUCCAUCUCUUCUGUCUACAUCCUGACAAUAAUUCAGCUGCUUUUUUUAGGGGUCAGCAAAUUUAACAUUUUCAGUUUCUCUCCAUUUCUCACUUCCCUAGUCAAGUUCAGUUCUCCUCAUGUCCAUAUCUGUUUACUAUUUGUUUGUUUCUUUUUUUAAAAAAAGUUCUCAUGAAAAUUUGUCAGUAUUUUGGUGCACAUUGCUGUAUGCAAUUUCACCUAAUAUACACCCACUUUCAAGCAAUUCUCCCUAAUAUAAUGCUUUUUUUGUAUAUUAUUUUCACUGAGAUAUGUCUUUUUAUGCACACCAUCCUUUAAUAUGACACUGUUUUUUGUACACAUUUGUCAGCUGAAGAACAGCAUAAUAAAAUCUUGAGAUUUAUGGAUUUUGAAGGAUGGCUGUGUUUUGGUUCAUGCAUUAUUUCAGGAAGUGCAAAUUAAGUAGGUUCGCUGUAAUAUUUCAAAAAACCUUAAUAAAUAUCUUAUAAAAAAAAAUAUUAAGUAGGUUCGCAUUAAAAUGCAAACUGAACCGAGAUCCUUAACCAUUUUCUCAUCUCUUCCAUGGGUUUUGUCUUUCUCAGUAGGUUGUUUGCCACUUGCUAUUCUGCGACAGUCACUUCCCUUUCAUAUAUGUAUUUUUGAGAUUGAUUGGCCAUUAACAACAUCCUCUGGGCAAUUUGCCCAAAAUUCAGACAGUAUCAACCAAGUUAGAACACUUACCUUCACUACAAUACCCACAUAAAAACCAGCCUAUUCAACAUAAAACUAUUCUAAAAGCCACAUCCCUAAAAUAAUCUGUCUCAAGAACUAAACAUGGUACUAAAAGGCCUAGAGAGAUUAAGGUAUUGCUCUCUAUUGUAUAUUACUUAGUAACUAUUGUAGCUAAGUGAUAUAGAAAUUGCUUAAAUAAAAAAAAAGACAAAGUAUCAUCAAGGAAGGCAUUCUGUGACUGAGGCACCACCACCAAAAAGGCCAUCUCCCUAGUGGAGAACCUGGAGGUUUGGCUUAAGGUCUGGCUAAGUAUAUAUGGAAGAAAACAGAUAAGCUAAAGCUUUAUAUCAGUAAUACAUAUGUUAUCUUUGAUCCUGUUUACUCAACAGUCUUUCUUUUUUGGUACUUCUUCUUGGUAAAUCAUUGCCUCUAUUUUGCCUUUGGGGGAGAUUCUGGAGAUGCCUUUUCAAAAGAUAUUUUUUAGUGUGCACAAAUAACCUGUAUUAGAGUUGGCAGUCUUCAGAUUUCUGCUCCCUCCUCCAAAGUUAAAACUCUGCAUCUGAUGUGGCAGAGCUUAGCCCAUGAAAGCUUAUGCCAUAAGUCUGUCAGUCUUUAAGGUACCACAAGAUUCUUCAUUGGAUUUGCUGUAGCAGGUUAACGUUAUUAUAUGGUGAGUAGCAUCACAAGUCAUUUUGUGAAUGAUCAGGACCAGGAUACUCUUUUCUCAUUUUGACUGUUAAUGUCCUUCCCUUCCUAAUUGCCUACUCCAGCAGUGGAUAGCAUGGUGGGGCUAAAUCGCUCACCAGCCUCCAUCUGGCUGAGUUGCUGCUGCAAGAGAAAGGGAGGGGCUCAGCGAUUUGGCUCCACCAGUGCUCCUUCCCCCUCUACAUCUUGGUAUGCUGCAGUGACUCAGCUGGAUGGAGGUCAAGCGAGCAGCGCAGCCUUACUGUGCUGUUGGCUGCUGGUCUACCCUUUUCAAUUCCAGAUUUUAGCACCCCAUUGCCUUCUCAGCCUCUCUGGCUGAGUCACUCCUGACCAAUGGGCACCAAGCAAGUUAUAUAGAAAACAAACACCAUAGUUCCAUGUCUGCAGCAUCAUUCAUUUCUGUUUGUGGUGUCAGUGGGCACAAAUCCACUGGUCACAAUGCUUUAAGGACAUAAGAAACUCUAUCUAGUCCAGCAUCCUGUUCUCACUGUGGCCAAUCAGAUGCCCAGGGAGAGCCCACAAGCAGGACCUUAGUGCAGCCACAUGAUCCCUCUGUGACUUCCAGCAAACACAUAGGUUGCAUUCCAGCACUGCUAAAUAUCAGGCUACUUCCCAGUAAGGAACACUUCAAGUGGCAAGUCUCUUCUGACAGACCUAAUUUGGUUUUAUUUCCCCUGGGAAUUAACAGUUUGCUUUCAUUUGCAUUCCGCAGUCUUUCCUCGGGAAGAUGAAGAGUAGAUUUUCUCUUUCUCAGACAGCCAAGAAGGGCUGACGGGCUGAAUAAAAGCUGAGUGAUGGGAGAUGCUUAGGGAUCUGGGGAUUCAAAAUCCCCAGGGAUGUUUAAUUAGGGAAGAGAUUCCAAUACAUUCUUGCUUGGGGAGAUUACAGUAGCUGUAAGUCCCCUAGGAAAGUGAGUGGGGGUGUGUGUGAGCCCAGACAGGUAAUUAUCUCCAGAGUAGACUUGUCUUAGACCUACAUAUUUGAAACCAAGUGCCAUGUCACCAGAGACCACGGAACACUAGUGGGGCUAUUUUUGUUCAAUGGUCAUACAAACACUUUCCUUCAGUAAUGAAAGCGGGGAGUUAUAAGAACUCCACUUAGUGCAGAGUAGUAAGACCAUCGUGGGUGCUAUGCCACCACAAGUGGUACUCAGAGGCAUUUUUGUGUGUGAACACCCUCCCUUACAGCUGCAAUGUAACACCAGCUGUAUCUGUUGCAAUAUCUAGUACUGUUGCUACAGUCACUAGUGAUACAAAACUCCCUUGCUGCAUCUGAAUAUUUACAGCUGCUGACUAUGACCACACUGCUUUGUGGUCUGAAAUGCACUCCCAACAGAAGAAGUUGGCAACAUCUUCUGUUAAAACUAUGUGUAUCUUGUAUUCCAUGAACUGCAUUAGAGAUUGCAAAAUGGUUGCUUAUUUUUAUGAGGCAAACACUGUGUGAUAAAGGUCUCCAUGUAGAAAGGAAACAGGAGCCCUGAGACAACCAUGAGAAAGUGAACAUUUGGGGACCCAACAAUUCAGUGCUAGGUUAGUAAAGUGUCUUUCUUUUCAUUUAAAAAGUAUACCUACUAAUUUCUUCCAUUUCUCAGCAUAUCUAUUUUGUUCAAGUUCCCUGUCCUCAGGCAAAUUAUUAAAAGACACCUCUUUGAUGGAUGGAAAUUUAUCCUUCCCUAGGUGUUUCUUAAAAUAAUAACAGCAAUACCAAAAUCAUGACUGGAAGGCUGCUGACGGUGGCUGUGACCCAGAAAGCAACACCAGCAGCACCACAAUAAACUUAUCCUACUUCGUUGGAUACAGAUGCAGAAGAACUAAUACAAGAAACUGUGUGACAUUAGAAUACCCGGGAAGCAAUUAGCUAUGUGAAACAGCUUCAGGACAUAUAGAUAUCCAAUCUGGUAUAAAAUGCCACAGUUGAACCAGACAUACUCACCCAAUUCCCUGUUCCAUCAUGAAGCUUCAUUGGAGACUUUUAGGCCAAUCACGCUCUUAGCCUAACCUACCUAGAAGGGAGGUUGUUGAGAGAAUAUAGUUAGAAACACCAGAGAGAGAGAGAGAGAGAGAGAGAGAGAGAGAGAAAGUAAGUCCUCCAUCCAGACAAUCAAGAGGCAUUAUUAGAGUUCAAGGACUGAUUACAACCAGGCAAAAAGCACUUGGAACAGAGCCAGUUAAAGACAUGGUCUGAGGAGAGGGGGUGUGGCUUAGGGGGGAUUCCAAGGGCCAGAUAGAAAGGCCUGCAGGGCCACAUUCAGCCCCCAAGCUUAAGGUUCCCCACAUAAAUACCCUUUUUCAGGUAGAUUGCUAAAUAGAAAGCAAACCCUGAAUAAGCUGCUCCUCCUACACAUCAACCAUACCAGCCUCUCGCUCCCCUUCCCAUUUUCAUUGCCAGCACUUACUCCUACAUUUUGUUGUUCUGAUUGCAGACUGGAUGUUUGGUCCCAACGCUGAUGACAACAACAACAAGAGCGACGUGAACUGCAUCAGCAAUAACGUGAAUGAGAUGGGCGAGAUUCGGGGGACGCACAAUCACCAGGAGUCCCAGCCUCAGGAUGUGGUGAUUUCCAUCAGUGAACCUUCUUCUUGUCAUCUACCCCGGCAGAUAUGA